AUGGCUUACCUGACCGGCGCGGCGGGCGCCUUCAUGCCACAGCCUCACGCCGCCCCCGAGCCUUUCUACAGCCAGGCUGUCUUCCGUGCACUUGACGAUGACCCCUCCAGGAGCGCGACACCGGCAGCCACUGCCUUCAACAACCCACCUGAGCCCGCACCUGCGUCUGCGCCCGCGACCGUACAUGCACCUGCAUCUCACAACGCCAGCCAGUCUUGCACACACCCCUGGCCCCGUUCCAAUGGCGCUCAAAUGUCGCCCAUCAAUCCUGCCGAGGUCGAGAUGGCCGAGGGGCUCAUCCAGAUGAGGUCAGGCCUUGCGCCCACGACCCUGACUCCUCCAGCCCACCAUGCCCCGUCGCAUGCACCUGCGCAUGGGACCCCGACUGUCAACGGCCACAAGUCUCAUCUUGCAACAGGCCGAGAACCAAAUCUGCUCCAGGCACCAUCACCUUUGCCUCUACCAUCACCGGUGACGGCCCCAGCACCAACCCCGGCGCCCGGACCACGCCCAGCGCCAGCCCUAGCUGACCACCAAACCGUGUCGACGUCCUCAGACGAGCUUGCUGGCCGGCACUCUGAUGACUUCUCCCUCGGUGAUAACAGUGACACCACCAUCACCGACCCGCAAGUAGACCGCCCCGAGGAAGUUGAUGGUCUCCACCCGCGGCCCGGGCCUGCCUUCACGCCACGCCACGAGCCUUCUCAUGAAAGGGUUUCGACGGCUGCGCCGCAACCAGAAAGUACGAACGGCGCAGCUCCACAUGGCCUCGACGACGCCCCAGGGGAAGGGACGACCCCGGGUCCUCCGGUGCCGCAACCACCUACGGUGCCCUCGGAAGGACCCAGGCCGGGCAUGCAGUCACCAAGAAGCCGGCCGUAUGACCCAUCAGCACCCAUUCUAUCAUCUUCAAUACCGCGGGUGCAUGGUGGGCGCUGUGGUUGUAGCGCCGUGCCCCAAGCAUUCCUGUCGGCGCUGGACGAUGGGAAUUGCUCUAGUAUCGAGGCCCUGGCGAAGCUGUACGGCGCGUGCCGGAACGACUUGUGCGCUUCGCAUCUGAGUUCAUAUGCCCAGCUCAUUACCAAUGCCCUUGAGGCAACACGAUCGGCGACCCCCGUGGCUGUCACGCCCCAGCCGACAGUCGGGAGGGCGCCGCAGAUGGAUCAGCACACCUUCAGCUUUGAGGAGACGGGGUCCGGCACGAGAUGGACAGCUGUGCCCCGGAGGAGGCGCGCAACGUCGAUCCCAGGAAUCGAUGAAAUUGAGCUUGACUUGCCCCCAAAGAGGCGACGGUUGGACGCCGAGGAGCCUUUGUCCAAGACUGAGGCGCAGUCGCCUUCGGGGAAUGCUGAGUUCUGGAACAAACCACAAUCACAUUCUAGCGACUCUCGACCCCCGCCCGACGUGGUGUUCAACGAAGAGUUCAGGCGCAAGGUUCUCGUCGAGCUAGAAUACGAAUUCACCGACCGUAAGGAGGACGACUGGUCUCGAGGUGAAACGACAAAUAGAUACAUUCACGCCAUACUGUCAAAGUGCGAGCACCCAAAUACGGACGUCAGGAAGGGCCCCAUUGAUGUCGGCUUUCUGAAUUCGGAAGAGGCUUCUACGAUAUUAGAAAGGGGUACCGAACGGCUUCCAAUCAUCACCACAGGUCAACAACAGUUCAAAUGGACCAGCAGCGAACGUCCAAUAGCACAACUGUUCAAACGCAUGGAAGAUCUGAGCAGACAGGUCUCCGUGCAAAUACCUUCUCACAACUUUGACCUGCCAUCUUACGAAACAAAAAGUCUAAGCGCGAUUCGGGAGCGCUUCCUCCGGGGCCAGGCGUCGAGGGAUCCGUGGAACAUCCUGGACCUCCGAAGUCCCCUUCCGCCGUCGAUACUACCGUCUUUCUUGACCGGCGAAAACUGCCAGCUGCUUCCCCGGAUCCGCGAUGCCUUGUUGGAGGGCCACUGCGCCGAGAGGAUCAAGGCGACCCGAGAGGAGUGGAACGAGUGGACGGAGCUGCUCGAGUGGGUUCUCAUGUCCGAGGGCGGCCACAACACAGCCCCACACAUGGACAGUCACGGAUGGUCGACGUGGAUCACGAUCCAGGAGGGCAACUUUGGCUUCGGAUGGCUUGCGCGACCGACCGACAAGGAGCAAGAGGACUGGAUGAUCGACCCGCUGAACUAUACGGGGGGCAACUGGCGGUUCGUGAUCCUCAAGCCAGGCCAGACAGUGUUCUUCCCAUCCGGAACCGUACACUUUGUGUUCAGGCUGCACGCCGAACAGACCCUCGCGCUGGGCGGGCACCUCCUGCAGUGGACCGCGCUGGAGCGCUGGGUGCAGAUCAUCCUCUGGCAGCUGAAGAACCCCAACAUCACCAACGAGGACCUCGGGACGGCGCCGCUCAAGUACAUCCGCAGCGCGAGGAAGCUGGUCGAGCACCGCAUGGCUAACUGGCGUGUCACGACCAUGGGUGGUAUGCCCACGGUCACUCGGUUCCUGGCGCUCGCGACUGAGGUGGAGAGAUGGUACCACCAGAAGAAGAAAAAGAAGCGGGCCAGGUAA